GGCAAAUCCAUCCAGAACUUGAAUGAUUUCUGACACUUCUGAGAAACAUCUGUGCACUCAGACCUUCAGAUCUGUUCUGAACAUCAGUGCAUCCUCUGCUGAACCAGAGACUCUUCUUGUAGUAGAAAUAAAAAGUGUUUUAUCUCUACUGAGGCCUUCAGCUUCGGUGAACUCAUCAUCCUCUGAUGGAUUACUGAUUUGUUUUUUAGAGGAGGACCUCACAUGCGGGACACCAGUUUACAAACCGAGACGCUGCUUUGGACGCAUUGUUGGCGGCUGUCAGUCGAGACCUCACUCAUGGCCGUGGCAAAUCAGCCUCCGGACCAGUUCUGGAAUCCAUUUCUGUGGAGGAACUCUGAUCGAUCCUCAGUGGGUCCUCACUGCUAAACACUGUCUGGAGAGGUCCAGUCAGCCGUCCGCCUACAAAGUUCUGAUGGGAAUCCACAAGGAACGGGCCACUGAGACAACCAAGCAGGAGCGCAGGCUGGAGAAGAUAGUCCAGGCCCCCGCCGGGGUGGACAUCGCUCUGCUGAAGCUGGACAGGUCAGAUCAGACGAGGAGGUUUGGAGAACGGAAGGACUGCUGCUGUUCUGCAGAGAUUCUGAGGCAGAUUUCUUUUCCUAAAUUAGUCCAUACGUGGUUGUAG